AGAAGUCACGUGGGUUCUUUCUGCUUUGCUACUUUUGAUUACUUGUCAGAGGUUUGUACUUUUAGCUUCCUCCCUCCUGCAAGGCCACUCAACCAUGUACUAGCUGGAGUAAUCUUUAUUCGUAAUGUCUUUACAAAGGCUCAUGCAACAGAGCAGCAAUGGCAAUUUGGUGGACUACUGCACUGGGUCCGCAUAUAGCUUUUACUCCACACUCACAGGCAGCCCUACCAUGGAUGAUAAUAGAAGGAUUCAAAUGCUGGCAGAUACUGUGGCUACCUUGCCUCGGGGACGAAAGCAGCUUGCUUUAACCAGAUCGAGUUCUUUAAGUGACUUUUCCUGGUCGCAAAGAAAGAUAGUUACUGUGGAAAAGCAGGAUAAUGGAACAUUUGGAUUUGAAAUUCAGACUUACAAGUUCCAGAAUCAGAACACCUGCUCCCCCGAAAUGUGCACUUUGAUAUGCAAAAUACAAGAGGACAGUCCAGCUCACUGUGCUGGCCUACAAGCAGGUGAUGUCCUUGCAAAUAUCAAUGGCGUGAGCACAGAAGGCUUUACCCACAAACAAGUGGUUGACCUGAUCAGAUCGUCAGGAAACCUGCUAACGAUAGAGACUCUUAACGGAACAAUGUUUCUUAAAAGAACAGAACUUGAAGCAAAGCUGCAGGUUUUAAAGCAAACCUUGAAGAAAAAAUGGGUGGAGCUCAGAUCUUUGCAGUUACAGGAACAGCGCCUGCUUCAUGGUGACGCAGCUAACUGUCCAAGUUUGGAAAACGUGGACUUGGAUGAAUGGUCUUUGUUUGGAAUGCUGCCUGGGCCCGGCCCAGCCCCUGCACAGGACCGGAAUCGAUUAUCCAGUGAGAGCAGCUGUAAGAGCUGGCUGAGCUCCAUGACCCUGGACAGCGAAGACGGCUACCAGACGUGUGUGUCUGAGGACUCCAGCAGGGGCGCUGUCAGUCGGCAGACGAGCACGGAUGAUGAGUGUUUCGUUCCCAGGGAUGGGGACGAUUUUCUGAGGUCUUCAAGGAAGAACCGGAGCGUGAGUACCACCAGCAGUGGAUCCAUGUCUCCCUUGUGGGAAGGCAACUUCUCAAGCAUGUUUGGGACCCUGCCCCGGAAGAGCAGAAAAGGAAGUGUACGGAAGCAACUCUUGAAAUUCAUCCCUGGCCUUCACCGUGCUGUGGAAGAGGAAGAGAGUCGCUUUUGACGGGUUCAAAUGGGCUUAUUUCACAAAUAUCUCU